GGCUGUUGCUCCGCAGUGAGGGAGAGCAGGCGCGCGUCGCAGCAGCCGAGAGCGCUCGCCCGGGGCCGCCGCACGCCAGGCGAGGCGGGGGGAGAGACCGCGGACCGCACCCGGCGCAGCCAUGUCGGUGGUGGGCAUCGACCUGGGCUUUCAGAACUGCUACAUCGCGGUGGCGCGCAGCGGCGGCAUCGAGACCAUCGCCAACGAGUACAGCGACCGCUGCACCCCAGCUUGUAUAUCACUAGGAUCCAAAGCCCGAACUAUCGGAAAUGCAGCAAAGAGUCAGAUUAUCACAAAUAUUAAGAAUACUUUACAUGGAUUCAAAAAACUUCAUGGGAGAGCAUUUGAUGAUCCUUAUAUAAAAGCUGAAAGAAUCAAACUGCCCUAUGAGCUUCAGAAGAUGCCUAAUGGGAGUGCUGGAGUAAAGGUUCGAUACCUGGAUGAAGAGAGACCAUUUUCAAUUGAACAGGUUACAGGCAUGUUGUUGGUCAAGCUUAAAGAGACAUCAGAAAGUGCACUUAAAAAACCUGUAGCUGACUGCGUAAUUUCAAUCCCAAGUUUUUUUUCUGAUGCUGAAAGAAGAUCAGUAAUGGCAGCUGCACAAGUAGCAGGCUUAAACUGCCUCCGGCUAAUGAAUGAAACUACAGCAGUUGCACUGGCCUAUGGAAUUUAUAAACAAGAUUUACCAACUUUGGAGGAAAGACCAAGGAAUGUGGUUUUUGUAGAUAUGGGACACUCUGCUUAUCAGGUUUCCAUUUGUGCUUUUAACAAAGGAAAAUUGAAGGUAUUAGCCACUACAUUUGACCCAUUUUUGGGUGGCAGAAACUUUGAUGAGGCUUUGGUAGAUUACUUCUGCGAUGAGUUCAGAGUUAAAUAUAAAUUGAACGUGAAGGAUAAUGCUAGGGCACUGCUGAGGCUGUAUCAAGAGUGUGAAAAACUGAAGAAGCUUAUGAGUGCCAAUGCUUCUGAUCUGCCCAUGAACAUAGAGUGUUUCAUGAAUGACAUUGAUGUCUCUAGUAAAAUGAACAGAGCUCAGUUUGAACAAAUGUGUGCAUCUCUUCUGUCCAGAGUAGAGCCUCCUUUGAGAGCAGUGAUGGAUCAAGCUAAACUACAGCGUGAUGAUAUAUAUAGUAUAGAAAUAGUAGGUGGAGCAACUCGAAUCCCAUCAGUGAAGGAGCAGAUUUGUAAAUUCUUCGGCAAAGAUAUAAGUACCACGUUAAAUGCAGAUGAAGCUGUGGCGAGGGGUUGUGCAUUACAGUGUGCAAUUCUUUCACCAGCAUUUAAAGUGCGAGAAUUUUCCAUCACAGAUGUUGUUCCGUACUCAAUUACUUUGAGGUGGCAGUCAUCGUAUGAGGAAGGAACUGGUGAAUGUGAAGUCUUCAGCAAAAACCAUGCUGCACCAUUCUCAAAAGUUAUUACUUUCCACAAGAAGGAACCUUUUGAGCUGGAAGCAUUUUACACCCAUCCACACGAUGUUCCUUAUCCUGAUACAAGAAUAGGGCACUUUGUUAUUCAGAAUGUUGGACCCCAGCAUGAUGGCGACAAUUCUAAAGUUAAAGUUAAAGUGCGUGUUAAUGUUCAUGGUAUCUUCAGUGUGGCUAAUGCAUCCAUAAUAGAGAAGCAAAAUGUAGAGGGUGAUGCCAGUGAUGUACCCAUGGAUACAGAAUUAUCCUGCAAAGAUCAAAGCAAGGAUGAACUGGCUAAAAUGCAGGUUGAUCAAGAUGAUGGCAAUCACAGAAACCAAACUGAGCAGCACAGUCAAGCUGAUGAGGAAACCGAUAAUCUUGGGGCUGAGGGAAAGACUGCUUCAGGAGAUAAGCUUGAUAAUGCCGUUCAAUCUGGAAAAGCAAAGACAAAGAUCAAAAGUAUUGAUCUACCGAUUCAGGCUAACCUGUACAGGCAGGUGGGACAGGACCUUAUUAACUGCUACAUUGAAAAUGAGGGAAAGAUGAUGAUGCAAGACAAGCUGGAGAAAGAGAAGAACGAUGCCAAAAAUGCUGUUGAAGAAUACGUAUAUGAUCUUAGGGACAAGCUGUGUGGUGUCUAUGAAAAAUUCAUUACUGAAGAUGAUUCAAGUAAAAUAACAUUGAUGUUGGAGGAUACAGAGAAUUGGCUUUAUGAAGAUGGGGAGGACCAGCCAAAACAUGUAUAUGUGGAAAAACUUCAGGAAAUGAAGAAAUUUGGUGAUCCAAUUCAUGAAAGACACAUGGAACAUGAAGAGAGGCCAAAAGCUUUAAAUGAACUGGGAAAGAAACUUCAGCUGCUUAUGAAAGCUGUAGAAGGAUACAAAAAUAAGGAUGAAAAAUAUGAGCACAUUGAUCCUGUUGAUAUGGAAAAAGUAGAAAAAUAUACCACUGAGGCCAUGAAUUGGCUGAACGCAAAAAUGAAUGCACAGAACAGGCUGAGUCUAACACAGGAUCCUGUUGUGAAAGUGGCAGAAAUAAUAGCAAAGUAUAAGGAACUGGACAAUUUGUGUAACCCCAUUAUUUACAAGCCUAAGCCCAAGGUGGAACCACAGUCGGAAGGUCAAGCAAAAUCUAACGAACACAAUGGACCAAUGAAUGGACAAAGCGGUACUGACACAAAAUCAGAGGACAGUUGCCAGCAGACGAAAUCAUCUGAAGAAAUGGAUAUGGACUAAGUUUUACAUUUCUUUCAGUCCAUUAAAAACAGUGCAAGUAAUCAGAGGGUCCAUCUUUCUUUUUAUGUCUGAUACACAUUACAGAUGUUCAGUUACUUAAACAACUUUCUGUCCUUUGUUCUUUACAGUAGAUUUGAAAGUGUUUUUCUAUUGAGUGCAUUCCCAUUGUUCAUUCCAUUGAUGCUGCUUACGUGGAGCUUUAGUUGAAUGUAGAUUGUAAAAGUCAGUUGAAGCUUUCCCGAUAUAUUUUAUAUCAAAUAGGCAGAAUUGAUAUAUAAAUGACAACAAUCUACCUUAUUUAAAGCUUUUAUUGUGGAUACGCCUCUGCUCCUUUAAUCCAGUAAAGGCCACUGUAUUGCACUACUGAUGCUGAAGCGUAGAUCUUUGCAUCUUUAUCUUGGAAGCUAUUGGGUUUGAUGUGGCUUCACCAUUGCCACUUGAAGCACUGACCUUUUUCUAGUUAUUGUACUGUUCUAAUUUAAAUAUUAAAAUAGAGGUUAGCUGGCGAAUUAGUUCAUCUUGUUAAUGUACCAUGAAAACUGUAAGAACGUGUAGACAAAACAUCCAAGGCUUGAAAGGAGCCCAUACCAGCAGCAUUCUUUGUCAUCAGAUUAGCAACAUGACUGACAAUAAAGCUCGUGGUCUCCAUAUACA